AAAUCCGCUAACAGGAUGAGGGCAGCAAGCUUCGCAGGUAAAGCGGGAUUAUGUCUGAGCAGCAGAUAAACAGAUUAUUCCCAAAACAGAGUAAACUUUUUUUAACCUGGCGGCUGUCCACCGAUUCCUUUGGGCGGAGCAAGUAGCACUUUCCCUCGCACAGUUCGCUCGCCGGCCUGCACCUCGCCGUCCGCUAGGGUAGCAGAGCACCUCGCCGUCCGCCUUUUUUCGCCACGAUGCUCGGGGCCUCGCGAUUGCUGAUCUUGCUCGUCCUCGCCCGGCAGGUCCAGGGUGAAUCUGCUUCUUUUGUGUUUGUCGCAAACGAUGACAGUGACGAAGACUCGGGUGACUUUUUGAACCGCCGAAGUGCAUUAGGAUUGCAAAACAACGACGGCUCUUUGGGGUUUUUUUUUUCCCAAUACAACUGGCGUCCUGAGAAAGUAAAACGGGACGACGCCACCGACACGAGCUCUCCGGCAGACUCGGGUCCGAAGGAGGAGGCGGCCUCACCCUCCGCAUUCCCCAAGACAUCGUCGGCGGCGACGAGGCUCGGCGGACGCCGGUCCAAGAGGUCGCUUUUCCUGCACUCCGGGGUGAGGGUUUGCCCUCAGGAGAGCGUCAGCGAGGUUCUGGCCAGCCACCGCUCGUACUACCAGCUCCGAGUGUGCCAGGAGGCCGUGUGGGAGGCCUACCGGAUCUUCUUAGACAGGAUUCCCGGGACCAGCGAGUACCAGCGAUGGGUUCAUGCGUGUCAGCAGGAGGCGCUUUGCAUCGCCGACAUCGCCAGAAACUUCAGCAACUCUGAGGAGCACCUGAGCAUGAUCCACAUGAGGAUGAAGCGUCUCAGAAACGAGCGGCCGCCUUCACGAGGUUUGCUGACUCCGAGUCCUGAUACACACGAGACGCGAGGAGUUCUCUCCACCACCGUUUUCCUCCGCCAGGCCACUUCCUCUCCAGGUUCUGGCCAUGAUCAACAGUGGACCAACAUGGAGGAUGUAGAAGAGGACUUUGACAUUCCCAACGUUGUGCCUGAGAGUCCGGCAGAACAGAAGUUGGCAUUCAGCGUCGACUUAGUGGAUCCGGGAUACAGAGAACUCCUGGACGACCCGGACUCUCCCCAGUACAUCGACCUGGCUCAACACCUGCAGGACCAGAUGCAGCACGUUUUCGACAAACGUCCGGGAUUUAAAAGCAUCCACGUGCUGCGGAUCAGCGAGACGCAGGAUGUGGACAGUGUUGGAGGAAUCACAGUCCACUACGCCCUGGUCUUUGAAAUAACGUCCCCCGAAAUCGGCCCCGAGGCAGCGGACGUCAUUCCUACGCCGUCGGCGGACUCCAAACUGAGGGAGAUGGUGAGAAAAGCGCUGCGCGAGGAGGCCUCCCUUCCCAUCGAUCUGGAAUCCUUGUUUUUUCACCCAGAGGACGUCCUUCUGGCGACAACACCGUCCUCCUCUCGGGAAGCUGGCGUGGAGGCCAGUGAACCCGACUCCCACAACGAAUUUGAAGUGUUCUUAGAUGAACCAGAGGUGGAUAGACUUCGGCCGCAGAUGCCGCUCCCUCCCUUGGAGAAGGAGAACGCGCUGGUCACGCUACUGGAUCCGUCUGACGAGGAGGACUUGAGGUUUGAGCCAGAUGCACCGGAGCCAUCCGGCGAAGAAGAGGAGUUGAUCAUUUCUCAUAAGAUUGAGACCUUCCAUCACACUGAAACUGCAGAACUUGUCCGGCACUACACCCCGAGGCCCCCUACAAUGGCUAACCUGGACUUAAUGUCGGAGGACAACCUGGCCCCCACCACACACAUUUCACUGACAUCAUCUCCUACUUACAAACCUUUGGACUCAGGCCUUGACACAACCACACUGUCAGUAGGCACGGACCAGAUGCCCACUGAACCAACAGAGGCUUUUGCAAAAGCCAACUCCGUAACAGACUUGGGUGUUCAACAACUUCAUGCCCCCAUUGUGGACAAUUUGGAAUUAGGGGUUGAGUCAGCCACAACACAGAGAGAGUUAGCGGAGAAACCUGCUCAACGUGUCAUUGGGGUUAUGGACCGGACACCCGUAGCCCCUGAGGUUUAUGAGCUGGAGGGAGAUAAUGUCCACAUGCCGGAUCAGGAGAUGAUGGUGGAAAAACAAGACUUGGCCCCUGAAGCGGCAGACUUACCUGUGGAUGUUCCUGGAACGGAGGACAAGGAACUUGAAGUUUUAAAGCCACAAGGAUUGGCACUAGAAGGAAAAUCGGAUGAUGACGUGGAGGCAGGAGAACGACAUGAUGAUAUGGAAGAGGGAAGAUUUCCUGAGACAGAAGAAGUACAUGGGCAAAAUGUUAGCCAUCAAAAUUUCAUACCUGACGUGUCACAGGAAACAACACCUACCCUUCUCGAAGAACCAAAAACUCUUCUUUCAGAGGAACAUUUCGAUGAUGUUGUCGAAGAAGCGCAAAAUGUUGCGGGGGAAAUGUUACCCGUUGUUCCAAAAGAACUCUUGCCUUAUGUUACUGGAGAAACACCAGAUGCUCCAGAGGAAACGUCACCCGGUGUUCCGACACAACUCUUGCCCGAUGUUGGAGUGGAAUCAACAGAUGUUUUAGAGAAAGCGACCUGGGCAGAUUACACAACGCCAAAGGAGAAAAUGUUUGAUGCCCCGAAAGCAGAAGAGGGCGAUGUGGUUCCGACUCCAAAGGAAUCAUUUGCAGAUUCGGGCCAGGAACCUGGUGACACUAAGGAAGCAUCUCAACUCGAACCAGAUGCGAUUAUAAAGGAGGAGAAUGAAACAGGAGAUGGGGAAGUUGCAGAAUCACAAACACCGGCGGGAGGUUCAGAACAUAGUGGAGGAGCACUAGUGGCUUUUGAACUCCGUCCAGUAGAAGUUGAGGAAGCAACGGGAUAUGUUCCUGAGCCAGAAAGGGACAAUUCAAUGACAGUACUAGAAGCAGGAGAACUGGAGACGACUCCAGAAACCAAAGGGGAAGAACAAGUUAACAGUGCACAACCGGUAGUGGAAAAAAUGGAUAUUCCUGAACCAACAACUGACAUUUUAGAAGCAGUCCUUGAGCAUGGCACUACUGAAUCGCAAGCUGAAUCCGUUCAGGUCUUUACCCCAUUUGAUGAGGAAGGAGAUCUUCGCGCUGACGAAAAUACGGCAGGUGAGGAGGACCCGGAUGAACUCAAAUAUCCCUUCAACUCGGAGGUGCGAUUGAAUGGUGUGGACCGCCAGGUGGGACCGGACAUCAAUGCUGCAGAAUCAGCCGAACCCUCUACUGAGCCAGCAGACGUGACGACUUCAGACAGAGAUGCUGCAUCACGGGAGGCUGAAAAUGAUGUCGCACUGGGAAGUGAUGCCAGUGUGGGAGUGAUGCCUGAGAAACCAGCGACAACAGCUUCAGACUCCUCAGCGCCACCGGCGACAACUUCUGCUGCUGGAUUCUCUUCUCAUGGUCCAACUGUGGACUUUGGACUCUUCGAGGUGGCGGAACCACGUGAACAAGGUGCAGCGUCCGUCAUCAUCAUUGAGGAAGACAUGAAAGAAGCUGAAAACCAGAUGAGCGGAUCGGUGGCGGCGGCGGAGGACGUUGUCGGGGAGGCUCUCGGGGACCCGACGGGCCAAGUGCGUCAGGCCGGCCUGGUGACCGCAGAGCUACCGGACGAAGGGAGCGGCUUUAUCGUGGCGGACGUUUCAGACGGCGCCACGCCCCCGCCCAUUGUGAGAUACCUGACCACGCCCUCAAUGACAACAGCAAGUCACGGGCGGGAGCUGGUGGUCUUCUUCAGCCUGCGCGUGACCAACAUCGACUUCUCGGAGGACCUCUUUAACAAGACCUCACCUGAGUACAGGACCCUGGAGAACACCUUCCUCAAUGUGCUGCUGCCGUACUUACAGGCCAACCUGACGGGAUUCCAAAACUUGGAGAUCCUGAACUUCCGUAAAGGCAGCGUGGUGGUGAACAGCAGGAUGAAGUUGGCCGAGUCGGUGCCGUACAACAUCACGGAGGCGGUCCAGUGCGUCCUGCGGGAUUUCUGCUCCACCGCCGCCGCGCUACUGCACAUCGACAUCGAUAGCCGCUCGCUGGAUGUGGAGCCAGCUGACCGAGCCGACCCCUGCAAGUUCCUGAGCUGCGGAGUCGGUUCUCGCUGCGUCCUGGAGUUCCCGCGACGGCGGCGGUCCUGGGAGGCGCGGUGCCGGUGCGACCCGGGCUUCCUGUCUGUGGACGGCCUUCCGUGCCGUAGCGUCUGCGAUCUCCAACCUGGACGAUGCGGAGACGGCGCCGAGUGUCACGUGGAACCAGGACGCGGCGCAGUGUGCAGGGCCAAGGGCAGCGGGCGCCUCCUGGCGGCUUAGAGGGUCCGACGUCAGCAGCUUCCGCUUCUUUCAGUCACCAACGGAUCUUCCCACGAGAACCCAAUCCGCCGAAAAUAGCACAACAAGAAAAGCGCUAGCGGAGACCGGACGGUGGCGCCGGUGUCCCGUCUUCGUGAGCACAACUCAUCUCAGAGCGCCCUCUGGUGGCAUAGGAGGGAAUGUCGCUUUGUAGUUUUCCUGCUGCUUUUUCACGUUACUCGUUUUUUUUGUUUUUUCCAUUUUAACCUAAGAAAAAGUGUCAAUACAUCUUUUCGUCUCCUUGUUUUUGUCUCGCCGACGAAGCGGUUUGCUUUGGUCGCGAUCCCGCACGCUUUCUGAGACCCGUUCCAAUAGCACGGAAACCGAUUGAGGCAGGACUCGUUCGACGUUCGUCCCAACAAGUCGUCGUCAUACAUUCUCAGUUCAUAUAAUCGGUAAAGAUCUUUAUGGGGGUGGGAACCAAUUUAGAAAGCGUUUUGAUGAUGUUUUUGGUUUCCAGUGGCUAAAUCUCUCCCAUGCUGGAGCGCUCCACCGUUUCCAAAAAGCGGAAAAGCAAAUUAGUGGCUGCUGCGUAAGGCUAAAGGCAAGCCACUUUCUGAUUGGGACUCCCUCACCCAAGCAUAUUCAUUCAUAGCAUUUAUUUUGCUGUCCGCUAUGAGCUGAAUGUAAAAUGGGAAUUCAGUGUGCAGAUCCCUCUGGUGUAUUGCACCACCGUCAGUAGGCUCUCGACAGCGGCACUAACGGGAAAGAUCGCCGGAGUCGAGUGACGGGACAGGGUUCGCAAAUCGAAUUAUGGGGGCGGCGGUGGCGCGGGGGGGGGGGGGGGAUAACCUUUCACACACUCAAGAUGCAUUUAUGUUCAUUUCCUUCGAAAAGGCAAAAUUGGGAGAAAAAUCUCCAGAGGUCCAAAAUUGUCAUCACCACCGUCUUCACAAAACCCGGCAAAUCAUUCAACUCCAUUCGAGACAAGACAACCGUGACUUGGAAAUUCUUUUUUGAUGACCAUCAACUGCCCACAAUUCUCAUCAUCAUCACAUUAUCGUCUUUAUUGGCUGAUAUUCAUCAGGCCCGUCCCAGCUGACCCCGGAUGAGAGGCGGACCGCGCUUAACUGGUCGCCGGCCAGUCGACCAAACGACCGUUCGCGUUCACACGAAGACCGACCGGGUCAAAUGAAAUUGGACUUUCAAAGGAAAUUCAGUGGGCCACGCACGUCUUUCGUGUUAUUGAGGUGAAGAAGUGAAAGUGAGCCUCAAUUCUGCGUCAUCAAAAUUGACAUCGAGACCGAUUGGUCUCUUCCAAGACUGACUGCAAAGACACUUUCGACGGCUUGAGUCAAGCGACAAGUGUCAAGCGCGUUUCUUCACAGCUGAGGAGACGCGACAGCCGUCGAGAUGAAACUCGUCUCGGCUGUGCUGAUAUUCGCGGCCUCGACCGGCCGGCGACAUCUUGGAAAGCCCAACGGGCCUUCUCCAGGUCUUGAUUGUCGAGCAAAGCGGCAAGAGGUUUAAAAAAAAAAAAAAAACUAAACAAAACACACAGUGCACGGUAACACGGUUCCGGUUCAGAGACGGCUUACGAAGUCAUCUGACGGAUUCAUUGCAGUUUGAUUGGUCGUUCAAGUGGCGGUAAAUCUCACGAUGGCUUAACUGGGACGUUGUGCACCCAACGCGAGUGCGUUGCAGCAGCUG